AUGACGGAAGAGAGCUCCUGUUCGAAUGAUUAUUUCGUUUCGAACUUGCCGUACGAUGUCACGGAGGAGGAGCUAAAGGAUUUUUUAAAACCAACUUGCGAGGUUACCCACUGCAGACUGAAGAAGACAAAUCUCGGCAUUAAGAGCUGCCAUGGAUACAUACGGUUCGGGGGUAGUCUUAACGAUGUAGUGGCGUACACUCGAAGGGAGAAGCUCAAGGGUAGGCAGUUACUCAUCGAAUUAGUAGAAAACGAAAACGAUGAUGAGACAGACGAUGGGGAAGGUGACGGAGCGGAAGAUGGGACGGAUGGGGAGAGGUUCCCUACGUGGGAACAGAGUCAGCGAGAUGGUAGGUACCCCAAUAGAGGAUCAACCAAACAGCAGAGAGACGAACAAGCAAGGCGUAGAAACAAAUGGAACACCAAAAAGGUAAGUGAUAAGGUCGAAAUUAUUAACAAAAAAGGGAUGAUUACAAAACAGGGAAAGGCAAUUCUUAGUAACAUGCACAUGUAUGACUUAAUCCUUUUGAUUCAUAAAAUGCAACAGCUAGUUAGACUCUCUCCACAAACAGCCAUUAAAUUUCUGAGUAACAAUAAAACGAUUUUUUACUCCCUCAUCCAUGCUCUCUUCCUUUUGGGGAUUCUAAAUAUAGAGAUGAAUCCCCUUAGUGAGGAGGAUAUCCCUCGGAUGAAGUUUCAUGCACUUAAGAAUAAGUUCCAAUUUUUGUGUGUGGACAGCGAGGAGGAAGGGGAGGUGGACGUGGACGUGGAUGCUUUGAGGGGGCAGCAGUGCCACAAGGGGGUUAGCGGUUGGAAUGAAGUCGAUUUGGGAAACGCCGAUAGGGGUGCGUCCGAAUGGGGUGAUGCUAACAGGGGUGCGUCCGAAUGGGGUGAUGCUAACCGGGGUGCUUCUGAAUGGGGUGACGCUGACCGGGGUGGACCCGAUCCAGGGGAGAUGAGCGAGGGGGGAAGCCAGCCAUGGGGAGGCCAAAAUUACAACUACGAGCAGAGUGGCAGGAGACAGCUGUACGAGAGGGGAGGAAGGGCGAACGCAGCCAACAUGGGGACCCCCUCAUCAUUGAAUCAUAUACGGGGAAAGAACCAGCCGGUGAGUAGCAGAAAAAAUGCAUCCAGGGGGGUGUAUUCCACAAGUCAGGCUACCUCUUAUGGGGGAAAUAAUAACAGUUAUGCCUCGUUUAACCAUGUGUAUGUGCCAUCGGACGAAGGUCAGAGUGGGUACCCAUUGGACAGGGAUUCCCCUUUUGGAGAAAUGGAGAGGGAAGUAGCGAAGGGGGAGGCAUUGAAUGGGGAGAGCCAAAUGGGUCGAUCGAAUUUGUAUAGAACGGUUGGAAGCACUCACCACUCGCGGCAGCAACUCGCCCCGCUCACCCUCUCCAUGAACAACAGAAGGGGUGACACCGGCAUGUACCCCCUCCAGGGUAUCUACUCCAGCAAACACACAAUGAAGGGAGGCAAACUGAAGAGCAAAAAUAAACAAAAGAAUAAGCAAAAGAAUAAACAGAACAGUAAGCAGAAUAAUAAGCAAAAGAACAAGCCAAAGAGCUCUGCCAACAUGAUGCCCCUUGGAAGUAAAGCGGUGGGUGGUAAUCUGUUCGCAGGUGGGGGGAACAGACCUCUCGACUAUGACAGUAAUAGUAUGCAGGGAAAUCCCAACCUGUAUGAUUACGGACAGGAAUACCCCAGUGGAAGGAGUACAGGGUUGUAUGGAAUGCGUGGCCAUGGUGAUACAAAGAUGGAAAAGGAGACUUAUUAUGAGAAUUAUUACGCGAGUGAUUCUGUUGCUGGGCAUCGUGGGGAAGGGGCAGACCCGUUUGAUACACAUAUCAAUUACAAAGACGAAGUGAGCAACGUGCGGAUGAACAGCUAUAACGGUAACUCACAACGAAGGGGUAACCCCACAGAGGGGUGCUUAGCCAAUAGAAGGAAAGAUAGCAUAAGUAACUGGGAAGGAAAUGAUGGAACGUACCAAAGUGACCCUAGCGAUGUGGGUGGAAUGGAUGCGAGGAAGAACCAAGGAGGCAAUCGUACGAGGGAGGAAGCCAUCGGGGGAGAGGAAUCCGUCGUAGGAGAGGAAUCCAUCGGGGGAGAGAAACCCAUCGGGGGGGAGAAAUCCAUCGGGGGAGAGGAAGCCAUAGGAGGACAAUCCACCUCGGCACUUUACUGGAGGAGCAUGUCAAGAAAGGGUCAUUACCAGUUGGACAGCGAGACGGUGAGGAGAGAUAGCCAAACGAGUGACCAACAAGGAGAAAACACAGCCGAAGAAAAACAUCUCGAAUUGGGAAAGAGGUUAAUCCAAAAAAUUAACACGUCGAAUAGCCAACGGAGAGGAAUCAAACUAAUCGACAGAAACAGGGGAAGUCAAAAAUUGAAAGAAGAGAACGUUAUUAAGAUAAAGAGUGUAGACAUAUGUAACGAAGUAGAAAAGACGCAAGAAAAUCUGUUAAGUAGUAGCUUGAAGGCGCUAUUGAAAAAAGUAAACUUAAGCUUGAAAGACAUUCCCUAUGCUGAGGAAGAUUUGGUAAAGGAGGUGAUUAAUGAGAAGCCUAUCCUGGAGAACAUCCUCAUUAGUAAAUAUUCGGAUAUGGCGAACUGGAACCGGGACCAGGUAUUGCGAGUGCUGUCCAUUCGGAAGUCGCUGAAAAGUCGCGGCUACAGCGUCAACGGGGUCAUCUGA